UCUUCCCAAAUGAUAGAGGCGAUGUUCUGUAAUAAUAUUAAGAAUGCGUCUAACUUCACAGUUUUACCUAGGGUUUCUUAACGGUUAGAAUCUACGAGACCGUGAGUACCUCUUUAGUUCGCGGAGCGGAGCCCACGGCGUGUCCUCAAGAUUCGUAAGUUGCUCUGCUUCAAAUCUCAAAAACUUCAUGUAAAUAAAUUUUGAUUUGUUGCCGGAAAAGCUGGGAAAAUCAGUUUGUGUUAGUCAGUGUAGGUUGUUUCCUGAAUACUUGUUUGAUCCUCCUCAAGUUAAUGUGUAAAUCGAAGUAUUGCGAAAUAGGAGGAGUGUUUUUCUUAAUUUCAAAAAGCAUGACUCAAAUGAUUGGUUUUAAUUAGUAGUAAGAUGCUACUUCAAGUGAGAUGUGCACUUGCAGCUUCAAAGAUUUAUGAAUUAACUCGCGUCCCUGUUAAAUUCAUUUCAAGCAAUGUAAAUCAGGACUCUUUUACGGUAUCUUAUCUUGUUAACUCAUGUGGUUUAUCACCUGCAUCUGCAUUGUUAGCUUCCAAGAAAGUUCAUUUUGAAACCCCAGAUAAGCCGGAUUUAGUUAUCAGCUUUUUUAAAAAGCAUGGAUUCUCCCAAACUCAAAUCUCAAAUUUAGUAAGAAAACUCCCGAGUGUGCUGUUGUGUAAGCCCGGGAAGACACUCUUGCCCAAGUUAAACUUCUUUUAUUCUCAAGGUUUCUCACGCACUGACCUUGCUAGAAUAUUGUCAAGGGACCCUAUUAUCUUGAAAAGAAGUUUAAAUGCCUGUAUCAUUCGCAAUUUUAACUUCUACAAGAAAUUGAUUCAUUACAAUGAUAAAAUUAUCCAAGCUUCUAAGCGUCAUCCGGGCAUUCUUUAUGAGAAUUUUCAGUCAGUUGAGCCUGUUAUUGCACUUCUGAGAGAACAUGGGGUUCCGCAACUGAAUAUCCAGGAUCUACUGGUUUCCCGGCCUGAAUUUUUCAGAAGACGGCAGGAUGUAUUCAGAAAGGUUGUCGAAAAAGUGAAGGAAAUGGGCUUUGACCCUUCGAAAGCUACCUUUGUUUCAGCUGUCCAAGCAUUGACUCAGAUGAGCAGAUCAACAUGGGAUAGUAAAUGGAACCUUUAUAGGGAUUUGGGUUGGUCUGACAAAGAGGUUGCUUUAGCUUUUGGGAGGAUCCCACAGUGUAUGAUGCUAUCUGCAGAUAAUAUUAAGAGAACUGUGGAUUUUUAUGUGAAUAAGAUGGGUGUGGAGUCUUCAUUUUUAGCCAAGCGUCCCUUUCUUCUCUCUUUGAGCUUCGAGAAGAGAAUUGUUCCGCGGUAUUCAGUUUUUGAGGUUUUAUCAUCCAAAGGUUUGAUCCAGAAAGGCUUUAAUGUGAUUUCAUUUUUUGAGUCCCCUGAAAAAGAGUUUCUUAAGAAGUUUGUAAUUCGGUAUGAGGAUGAAACUCCUCAUUUGUCAAAGCUAUAUCAGGAAAAAUUAGGUUCUCCUAGAGCUAGUUGUUCUUAGGUGGUGAAGUUAGAUGUUGUGCUUUGUUUUCACCGCUCAAUGAUGAUGAUGAUAACAUUAUUGCUGAUGUGGUGGACCACUAGCUUUCAGCUGUAAUAAUAUCUCUUGAGAAGCAUUCAUGUGUAGAAAUCAGGUUUCAAGAGGAAAUCAGGAAUGCAGGUAGAAAAGGCAAAUCAAUUCCGGAUUAUCCUUGAAUGCGUGAAUCUAUUCAGUGAAAGGAUUGACAUAACGUUUAAAGCAGAAAAGCAGAUUUUGUUGUGGAGAAUGAAUGUUGAUUGCAUUUUGAGUGCUUAUUAUACUAGAACGUGGAGAUUCUUUGCUGUCCGAUGCCUAACUAAUCAUUAGGAGUGACUCUGUAGAAUACCAAAUUUCCAAGAACUCUUUUGUGCUUGUCUGUUCUGCUAGUAAUUUGAUUUUACAGGCAUCAAAUAUUUCAAAGUUCCUCGAGCCUUUGGAAGAGUUGUUUUGCAAAUUUUCAGGAUAACAGUAAGCAGCAUGUAUGGCAUCUGCCGGCAGAUGGAAAAAGAUUUAUCUUUGUGGUGGCUUCUUAUACAUGGUAAUUCCUCUUGUGAUGUUCCAGAGUUUGCCAAAUUUUAACAAAGAAUAGAUUGCUUUGCCUUGCA